AUGAUCACCAUUCUACCUACCAAAGUCAAGCUGCUUCACUUUCCACGUUCUCAUUUACCUCAUGCCACACAUGCCAUUGUCAAACAACUCUUCUUUAAACAAGUCAACGACCCAGAUCAUUUCUUUUCGUUUACAGAAAAUGCCUAUGAAAUUUCGAUUGUUGCCGACAAGGCUACAAUUGACAAUGACUUUAUGCCCGUCCUAUUAGAAACACAGUGUCAGGACAUGGGUACAUCGCCAGAUACAUUUAGAGUACUCCAGGUAGAUGGAGAAGGAGGACAAGAUUCGAGUGGUAGACGUAUUAGUGAUCUGUCAGGUCCAUUAGCUCAGGGCAAAUUCUCUAUAUUCUACAUGUCUACCUAUCAAACAGACUUUGUUCUUAUCAAAGAACGCCGUCUACGCCGUGCAGUCAGCCUUCUGCAAGAACACGGGUUCGACAUUGACGAUGAGAAUAUCGAAAAUAGCGACACAACAACACAACAUACGCAGGAGCCUCAACUUAAAUCCUUGCGCAGCCACAACGGCUCUGACGCAGCCGUCUCGAUUUCCGUAGACCCACGGAUUUCCAACAUAUAUCCCCGAGAUUUAUUCGAAAGCUGCGUCCUAGAAGACGAAUUGAGAUGCGUCGGGCUAAAUCCUCACUACAGAUCACAGUAUAUAAACACUGUGCUCAAGAUAAUCUGCUAUCCGGAGAUGAUCCUCAAAAACUACAACAAUGAAGAAACCAGAUUCUUUUCUUAUACGGCUAGCAGUGAUGGAAUCUCACUUGUUGCCGACCGAAGGAUCUUGGAGUUGUUUUCGGAUGAUCAGAUAUUCCAGGAUGAAGAUACCGGGUCGUCAUUUCGUGUCAUUCAAGUGAACUUGGCAGGUUCCAAUCUCGAUCGGUGUGGUAUUGUGAGGUCGAUUUCUCAUCCACUUGUGACAGAAGCUCAAAUCAACCUGUUGUACCUGAGUACCUUUAAGAGUGCUAAUAUUCUGGUAUCUGCGGAUGAGCUGGAAAAAGCAGAAAAAAUUCUGGCCUCAGAUUUUGAAAAGGUGCGCGACAUGCUAGCCGAAUUUGUACUCGAAUCCCCUCAAUAA